UUAAACAACAGCACCCCGUCCCCCGAGAAACAACCAAAAGAAAAACUAUAAACAUGAGUCUACAGUCGGAUGCCGUUUUCCAGAAAAUCAUCGAUGGCCUGAAGGAGAACGAGGCUAAGGCCAAGGCGGUGAAUGGUGUGUUUGUCUACAAAAUCACCAAGGAUGGCAAGGUGGCCAAGGAAUGGACACUUGACUGCAAGAACGCCAAGGCCUAUGAGGGACCCGCACAGGGCGUCAAAGUGGACACCACACUGACGGUGGCCGAUGAGGAUAUGGUUGAUAUUGCCCUCGGCAAGCUCAAUCCCCAGGCUGCAUUCAUGAAGGGAAAAUUGAAGAUUGCCGGCAACAUCAUGCUCACACAGAAGCUGGCACCUCUGCUCAAGACCGAUGCCAAGUUGUAAGAGGCACAGCAGAGCAAGGAGCAGCAGCAGCAGCAGCAGCAGCAUUCCACAAGCAGUCACAUUUCUGUAUAUCUAUUUUUUUUCGUAUUCAUAUGUUUUUGUUUCACCCUCUAAUUAAUGUUAUUUUUGUACGGGCAGUUGUGUGUGUUUUUUUCUAUC